CCUUCUGAUCUAAUAUCUUUUAUAUCUAAUUGUAAUAACAGGCCAUAUCUUCAAGCCACCGUCUAUCCUGAAUUUACAUUUUCUUUGCUUUAUCGGCAUUGCCCUCACCUUACGAACUGGCAAAACAUUCUCGGAUUGAGAAACUGUAUUGAGUGAAUGUGUAAAGCUUCGUGUUGAUUCGCUUGCCUUGGUAUUCAAUCACAUCGUCAGGAUCGCACAUAGUGAUCCGUUUAUGCAGAAGCCAAAAAAUUUUGUUUAGAAAAUGCUAUUAGUAAGAUUUUGCUAAAUAAAGUAACGAAAUUAGUCGGGAAUAUAAAUAAUCAUCGCAAUAAGUGAAUUAUGAAAGCUUACAAAAGUAAUAAUUGCGUAAAUUACUGCAAUUAAUAUGUUCUUAAUUAAGAGACAAUCAAUAAAAUAAACAAUAAGAUAGGAAAUAGACAAAAAAUAUCAUUUUUAUCGAUGCUUACUGUUACGAUCAUCAGCGCAAAAAUUGUUAUUGUUUUUUCAUCAUUAUCGAUAUCGUAGAAAUGAGGUAAAUAUCCCGGUUUCAAUUUUUGUCAAAUGUUCUCGUCACUCUUUGUCGAAAGUUUCAUUAUAUUUUUGGUGAAGAAAUAAACAAUUCUUUAUAAAUCUCUCUGAAAACUUUAAAAUGGAAUAAUCUUUAAAAUAUUCUUUCUUUUUUUUACAAGAUUCUAUCUUUUGUGUUUGCAAGCGUUUGUCUAAAUUGAUGUCUCGCAUUUCGUGUUGCAUUGUAUAUUAUAUUAUCAAAAAAACGCAUGAUGGAUAAAUUAUAUUUAAACAUCGUGACACGAUUUCUGAAUUACACUGUGAUUUUUAUCAACACAAUUAUUUUAUCAAACCAAUAAUCUGCAUUAAUAUAGCGUAUAUGUAACAUUGAAAUCUGUAGACUUAACGUAACAUUGUAUUAAUAUUUCAGAAAUAAUGGGUCUUUUAUUAAUUAUUUAUAAGAUUUUAGCGUAAUAAAUAAUACAACGCAAAAUUUUAUUUCUCCAGAUACUUUGGUAUUUCCUCGAAUCUGCAUUGAACUUUGCGACGAGCUUGAAUCGAAACAUUAUUGCAUCGAUAAGAUGCGUCAGAGUCAUGUUUUUUUGCGCGUACAAUCUUUAUCAAUAUACAAUCUUGAAUAUUAUUUAAUUUAUACUUUUUCGUAUCUCUUGGAACUUUUUCAAUUUUAAACUUACGUAGAUAUUGAUAAUCAAUGGUACAAAAUUCGACAUACCUUCUUCGGGAAGCGGAAGUUUUUUUACUGCUAAUGAUAUUUACACGAAUUCGCUCCAAUCUUCUUCUCGCUGAAAUUCUCCUUUGCAAGUCUUGACGAUUCAUUAAAUUGUAAAUAAUGCCGCGAAAUAUAACGACGGUAAGAUUAUGUUGCAUUCAAAAACUCGAUAUCCUACACUUUGUGCUUCGUAUUUAUUUUAGGAAACUAUGGAGCUGUACAAAAGGAUGCCCGUGUACAAAGAUGCCGGAUAUCUUGGUGAUGUCUGUUCUAAUUGCGGGCGCAAUGAAUACGAGGAUGUGACGCGCGGCAUCGGGAUGCGUAAAAGGAGGACAAAGAAUUAUGAGAAGCACUGCCCUUCGUGCCACUGUCCUCCUGAGAGGCAGAGAUUUUCUCCGCUCGGUAGACCAAAGACUUCGGAAAACGUCGAGGCUGUGCUAAAUCGAUACGAACGCGUCUCCGCAGAGCCGAUCAGCUCGGCCAUCAAGAAAUCGCAGAGCAGUCCUUUAUCGCAGAAAGUGUGCUGGCACGAUUGUCACGCGAACGUUCAUUCGCGCUGUCCUAAACGAUCGCUGCAAGCCCGUCGUCAGCGAAGAAUCGAGCACGAUAAGUAUCUGUUCAGGAUGAAGGGAGACACCGUGAACUCCGAACUGAUCGCGAACGAAGACGUCGAAGCGUGCACCAAGUACACGCAAUCGAUACCAAUUAAGAGCUCGCUGAGGCACAGUCAUUGCAGGGAGCCCGAAGCGUCGCCGGACGAGCAAGAAUAUUCCGACGCGGAGAGCGAAGUGUCGAUGAAAUAUACUCCGCGCGAACGUCAAUCGAGAAAAUUGCGCGUGCCAAAUCCCGGAUCGAGGCGUCAUUACGGCGACGGCGAACACAUCGCCGAGUUGAGGAAUGAAAGCGAUGACGUGCGAGAGCGGAAUGCGCGCGAGUGCGAGGAAAUGAGACGGUUCGUCCUGGGACUCGAGGACUUUGAGAGGCUGAAACGAGGCGACGGCGAGGCGGCAACGACGAUAAGCGAGGACGAGAAGCGGAUCGAGAGACGGAAACUCCACGUCGCGAAAGCGAUGAAGCAGAAAAGAUCGGCUGGCGACGCCGCUCCUUACGGCACGAUAAGCAAGCCGUCUGCGCUGAUUAAAGAGUCGAUUAGUAAACCUCAGGAACUCGUGCUUGAAGGACCUGCGUGUUUGACGAAACUGGAUCUCAACACCACGAAGAGUCGCAUUCUGGAAUCGAUCGACCAUAUGCUCGGCACUAUGGACGACACGAGAAACAACGCACCCGUGCAACAGGAACAAACGGAGCAAGAGACCAUAGAGAAGAUAACUCGCGAGCUGCAGGAAAACGGCUGGCAACUACUGUUCAACGCUUUGACGAUCCAUCGAGACUCGACGGAUUCCAGUAGAAGAACCGUUCGCCUGGAAUGCCUCAAUCACAUCCGGCAGCAGCUCGACAAGCUCUACGCUCUCGAAUCGACUUUGGACAAUUGUCCCCUCAAGUUACAAUCUUUGUCGAGCCACGAUGUGCCGUGCAGCGAGGAGAGGCAGCCGCUGGAACAGAAAAUCGCCGAUUCUUGAGUGCGCGCGAAAAUUGUGUAAGCGUUGUGACAAAUUUCGCGAGCAACACUCGCGUGUUUGCGAAGUGCAAUGUAGAGCGAGGUGAUUGCGAAAGCGCGCAAGAAUCUGCGAAAGUGCGCAACAGAUGACUGUACACGUGCAUUAAUUUUAGAUAAGUGUAUGAAAUUUGAUAAAAUAUUAAUUAAA